CUAUUGGAGGUGAAGGACCGCCUGUCCCCUCUCUGCCUGGGCUGUCAAUGGCUUUCGGGACGUGUUUUAUUUGAAUGUCUGGGCGAUAUAAGUGACCAAUAAUGGAUAUUCUAUGGAUAUUAUGGACCAUACCGGCCGUAAUAGCUGUUGAAGAGACACUUAUGGACUCCACUACAGCCACAGCGGAGCUCGGCUGGACGGUCUACCCCGUGUCAGGGUCCAGUGACAACAGCUGGGAGGAGGUGAGCGGUUAUGAUGAAAACAUGAACACCAUCCGGACGUACCAGGUGUGCAAUGUUUUCGACAACAAUCAGAACAACUGGGUACGGACAAAGUACAUCCGGCGCCGCGGCGCUCAGCGGAUCCACGUGGAGAUGAAGUUCUCAGUGAGGGACUGCAGUAGCAUUCCCAACGUGCCGGGCUCCUGUAAAGAGACUUUCAACCUCUAUUACUACGAGUCUGAUGCCGACACGGCCACCAGAACCUCGCCGGCUUGGAUGGAGAACCCGUGGAUCAAAGUGGACACCAUCGCAGCAGACGAAAGCUUCUCCCAGGUGGACCUCGGGGGCAGAGUGAUGAAGAUCAACACCGAGGUUCGGAGCUUCGGCCCCGUGUCACGAAACGGCUUCUACCUGGCCUUCCAGGACUACGGCGGCUGCAUGUCGCUCAUCGCCGUUCGUGUCUUCUACCGGAAGUGUCCACGUAUCAUCACGAACGGGGCGCUGUUCCAGGAGACGCUCUCCGGAGCAGAGAGCACCUCGCUGGUGGCCGCAAGAGGCGUUUGCAUCCCCAACGCAGAGGAGGUGGAUGUGCCCAUUAAGUUGUACUGCAACGGAGAUGGAGAAUGGAUGGUACCCAUCGGACGCUGCAUGUGCAAGGCCGGGAACGAGGCUGUGGAGAACGGGACUGUUUGUCGAGCCUGUCCGUCUGGCUUUUUCAAGCCCACUCAAAAAGAUGAACCCUGCAUGCAGUGUCCCAUCAACAGCCGUACCACCAGCGAAGGCGCCAUCAACUGCGUUUGCCGCAACGGAUACUACCGCACCGACUCGGAUCCUCUCCAGAUGCCCUGCACAACCGUCCCUUCAGCUCCACAGACCGUUAUCUCCAGUGUGAAUGAAACCUCCGUGAUGCUGGAGUGGAUGCCUCCCCGGGACUCGGGGGGCCGCGAGGACGUGGUCUUCAACAUCAUCUGCAAGAGUUGUGGCGGAGGCCGGGGAGGCUGCACCCGCUGCGGGGACAACGUUCAGUUUGUGCCCCGUCAGCUGGGCCUGACGGAACCCCGGGUCUACAUCAGCGACCUGUUGGCCCACACGCAGUACACGUUCGAGGUGCAGGCUGUCAACGGGGUGUCAGAUCAGAGCCCCUACUCCCCUCAGUACGCCUCAGUCAACAUUACCACUAACCAGGCUGCUCCAUCCACGGUAUCUAUAAUGCACCAGGUCAGCCGCACUGUGGACAGCAUCACCCUCUCCUGGUCCCAGCCGGACCAGCCCAAUGGAGUCAUCCUUGACUACGAGCUACAGUAUUACGAAAAGGACCAAUCAGAAUACAACGCCACGGCCAUCAGGAGCCAGACCAACACAGUGGUCAUCCGUGGCCUCAAGCCAGGGAGCAUCUACGUGUUCCAGGUCCGGGCCCGCACUGUAGCCGGCUUCGGACGCUACAGUGGCAAACUGUACUUCCAGACCAUGACUGAGGAGGAAUACAACACCAGUAUUCAGGAGAAGCUACCUCUCAUCAUUGGCUCGGCAGCUGCUGGCUUGGUCUUCCUCAUAGCUGUGGUCGUCAUCAUCAUCGUCUGCAACCGGAGGCGUGGCUUUGAUAGGGCUGAUUCUGAGUACACGGACAAACUGCAGCACUACACCAGCGGCCACAUGACUCCAGGAAUGAAGAUUUAUAUCGAUCCGUUCACAUAUGAGGACCCCAACGAGGCUGUGAGGGAGUUUGCCAAGGAGAUUGAUAUAUCCUGUGUGAAGAUUGAACAGGUCAUUGGUGCAGGAGAGUUUGGAGAGGUGUGCAGCGGGAACCUGAAACUCCCGGGGAAAAGGGAGAUGUUUGUGGCCAUAAAAACUCUCAAGUCCGGCUACACUGAAAAGCAAAGGAGGGAUUUCCUGAGCGAGGCCAGCAUCAUGGGCCAGUUCGACCAUCCCAACGUAAUCCACCUGGAGGGAGUCGUCACCAAGAGCAGUCCUGUCAUGAUCAUCACUGAGUUCAUGGAGAACGGCUCUCUGGACUCCUUCCUCAGACAAAACGACGGGCAGUUCACUGUGAUUCAGCUGGUUGGUAUGCUGCGUGGCAUUGCCUCAGGCAUGAAGUACCUCGCCGACAUGAACUAUGUGCACCGCGACCUCGCCGCCCGAAACAUCCUGGUCAACAGCAACCUCGUGUGCAAGGUGUCGGACUUUGGUCUUUCACGCUUCCUGGAGGACGAUACGUCAGACCCAACUUACACCAGCGCUCUGGGAGGGAAGAUUCCUAUCCGAUGGACUGCACCCGAAGCUAUCCAGUACAGGAAGUUCACCUCUGCUAGUGAUGUGUGGAGCUACGGGAUCGUCAUGUGGGAAGUCAUGUCGUACGGAGAGAGGCCUUACUGGGACAUGACGAAUCAAGAUGUCAUCAACGCCAUAGAGCAGGACUACCGGCUGCCCCCGCCCAUGGACUGUCCCAGCGCGCUGCACCAGCUCAUGUUGGACUGCUGGCAGAAGGACCGCAACAACCGGCCCAAGUUCAGUCAGAUCGUCAACAACCUCGACAAGAUGAUCCGCAACCCCAACACGCUGAAGGCCAUGACCCCACUAUCUUCAGGUGUUCAUCUCCCUCUCCUGGACCGCAGCAUCCCAGACUUCUCCAGCUUCAGCACUGUGGACGAGUGGCUGGACGCCAUCAAGAUGGGCCAGUACAAAGACAACUUCGCCAGCGCUGACUUUUCUACAUUUGAUGUGGUGUCCCAGAUGACCAUGGAUGACAUCUUGAGGGUCGGUGUGACGUUAGCAGGCCAUCAAAAGAAGAUCCUGAACAGCGUCCAGAUGAUGCGGGCACAGAUGAACCAGAUCCAGUCGGUGGAGGUCUGACCCUCCCGAGCGGGGCAGAGGGAGGGUAACGGCAGUUGGGAUGCCGGGCUCUGGGUGCGGAGGAUGGAGUGGAUGGUUUUUUUUUUUUUUUGCGUUAUAGUGUGUCUGGUCUUCCCACCAGACUACCAUUCAUCCCCGGUCCCCUCUCCACUUCCCUCUCUCCUCCUCUUUUGGCCUCACCCUGACUCUCCCUCCAUCUUUGGGCUCAGCUGUUGUGGAGAGUUUGUGGAAACUAAAAGUCUGUGUGAUGAGGAACCGGAGGGCCCACAGCCAGAGAAACCCACCUUUGGAGCCAGACACACGGGAGGUUAGAAGUGACCAGCAACACAUUUUUCAAUCUUCCACCAAUUUUCAUUUGAUGUUGAACAUUUUUUUUUUUGGUUUUGUUUGUUCUGAUAAUUUUGUAAAGAAUUUUUUAAAGGAAAAAAAAAAGAAAAACUGAGAAAAGUCGAGGAGUUUAUCUAAAUUUAUAGAUGAUCUAAGCGUGUACACUAGACGGACCGAGUAGGAAAGCUACCCUUUAAAAGGGCAAAAAAAAAAAAAAAAAAAGAAACAAGGAAGAGUUGAUGAGACGCGGCCUCCUCAACAAGGUGGAUAUCGUCUCUGCAUCUUCUUCAUUUUGGACAUCAUGACGAGUCACAGAGCUCUCUGUGGUUGCAGAGGAGAAGGAGGGACCCAACUGUUUCCCCAGGAGAGAAAAUAAAUUAAAAAACCAUGAAAUGGACAACAUUUGGCAUGGACUGAUGUCAAAAAAACACAUUCAUUCAGACAAUUCACGCAGUGAAACCUACACUCAAGAAAAAGGAAAAAAAAACAUUUUUUUCUCAUUGCAAGUAAUUUUCUAUAUUGUGUGAAAUUUUGUGAUGAAGAAUUCCGUCUCACCAUGCUUCCUCUCACUAUAGACAAAGUUUGUUUCUUUUUGUUUUUCCUUUCACAGUGAAAUACUCACAGCCUGCCAAAUAGAAACUCUUCCCUUUUUUUGCACCCUGAUCAUGAUCCUGUACUGUACAUAUCAGAUGCACUUGACCUGCCAGUACGUGAGGACUCAGAGACAGAUGUAACUGAUCAGUUCAGGAGCAGAAGAACUGAGGACCUAAGUUGUUGUCACCAUUCUUUCCUUACUUUGUGAAAAAAAAAAAGCUUGUGGAGAGAGAAAAAAAUAGCAAACCGACGUCCUACAUAGAUUCACACAAGAGAAACAGGUUCUACUGUUUACAUCACAUACAUCCAGUCUGUCCCGUUAUAGAUCCUCCUUCAUCUCCACGCCGUCUGUGCGUCAGUGCACGUGCCGCACACACACAUGACCACGUGCACAAAAGAAGCAGUGGCUCCCGAAAGCGUCGGGACUCGUGUUUGAUAGCAUGCUGAGUGAGUGGUUAAUUUCACAGUGCUUUGAUUUGCUGCAAUUACUAGAACUCUGUUUGGUAAGAGCUUGGAUUUGACACACUUUACGGAGUAUAAUGUGGCUGCAUUAUAUUCACUGUUUCUUCUUCCAGUUUUUCCUUUUUUGAAAAGACAUUUUUAUGUUUAAAGUAUUAAAGUUUUGAUACCACACAUGGUUAAUUUACACACACACACACACACACACACACACACACACAUGGUCAUGAAUAGACUUUACAAUCAGGCGUUUUGUUGGAUUAAAAACAAAAAAAAUGCAACGUGUUAUAUUUUUGCAAUUUCUGUAUGGAUAUUAUUGAAUUGUUAUUAUUAUUACUUUUUUUUUCCUGCACUGAGUCAACUGUCUGACUCCAACAAACACUCUGGAUCUUCCAUCAAUGCUUAGAAGUUUAUUUUCAGUCAUGUUGGUGGACAAAACAAAGGAAGUAUAUUGCAUUCACUUGAAAAAAAACAAAAAACUGAGUAAUUUAUUUUUUGGUUUGUUUUUCGGGGUAAUUAUUUCUGUUUUAAGUAGUCAUUUUUCCCUGUUUUUCUGACAAAGUUUGUUCUGUUUUUCGUGGUAAUUUUUUUUUUUACUGAAUUAUCGAGAUACUUCGAAAUCCCGCGAGAACAUCCAACCUGCAAGUGACUCCCGUGGAUCUAUGGGGACUCCUGCCCCGCACAUAUAUAUGCCCCAUCUUCAACUUUCUACUGUACUGGGUCAAUAAAGGUCAGGUAGCCAGUGUCUUAAACCCAGAUCAUAGUAAAACUUGAUUAAACUAAACAAGCCGCUAAUGUUUGCUUCCAUUAAAUCGAGCUCUCAAUAAUGGAAUGAAUGUGUCUAUUGUUUCUCUCUAAACUGAAAAAAAAAUUACUCCGAAAAAACAGAAAAAAAUUGCCACGAAAAACGGGAAAAAGAAAUUACCCCGAAAAACAGAAAGGAAUACCCCCAAAAACAAAACAAAAAAUAAAUGACUCAGAAAAACCAGAGUUUUUCUUUUCUUCCAAGUGAAUGCAAUAUGCUUGCUUAUAAAACCAUGUAGAUAAACAGCAUUUCUCUGUGACUGGGUUUUCAUUUUUACUGACAGUAUAUUAUGCAUUUAUUGUUUCACCUCCUGUGAGCAAUGCUGUCUCAUGAGUACAGAGCUGUCAAUCAUUGUUUGCGUUGUCUUUGGUGUAAAAGGGGGUUAUGCAGGGGGGAAAGAUGAGAGUUUGUAGCAAUGCAAUGAUUCCCCGGAGACGCCGGAGCAGGCGGGGGUUUAUGUAUACAGCCAGUAAAUGAUAUCAGCAGUGCAGAGUUCCUACUGGGCCCCGCUCCGAGGCCUGACAGCCAGACACGGACGUCCAGCUGUGAACCAUCGGUCAGAUGUGUCCGGUCACAGCGGGAAGGCCGCACCCUGAUCACAGCCGCUCUGUCCAGGCACUGACUCCCCCUCUCUCUCUCUCUCUCUCUCUGUCUCCCUCUCCUUGAUCACAUACAUGCCUGUCGGCCACCUGUCUGCCGCUCCCACUGAUCUCCACGCGGUCGGCUCUCAGCAGUUGUCUGGUUCCGUCUCUGCGACUUUAUAAGCGUCAACAGCAGCGGGGUGAGCUGACACUCAUCAGCGUGUGUCUUGUCUAGAUGCUGCGUGUCACUGGGUGUGUGGAGGAAAGAAAGAAAAAAAACUGGACAAUGCUUCCAUGUUGGCUCGAACCAAAUCCUCAGACUUGACCUGAGUUUUUGUGCCACCCCUUCAGACAGCUUUAGCACCAAAGCCCUGGUUGAGGACAGUGAGAAACCUCAGUCACUGCCGUCUUACCUUUCAUUAUCCCCCCCGGCCCUCCAGAGGAUUCAAGGACAUGGGUGGAGGGAUUUUUAUUCUCUUCCUGCUCCAUAAUCCUCUCCUUUCCAUUUGCAGUGCAACACAUCAGAACCAAUAUUUCCCUGGAAGCUUUUACAACAUAUGAAACGGGGAGGAGGGACGAUCACGAGCUGUUAGUCAGAGCUGAGCAGCGACUGAUGCUGUGACCUAAAUGCCACUGAUGCUUCUUCUUUUUUUAUUAUUUUAUAAACUGAGCUUUAGACUGUCUUCCUUUCCCAUUUCUCCAUACUUAACAGCUCAUCAGUUUUAUUAUUUUUUGUGAGGCUGCACUGCUGCAAAUAUUCCACCGUCAGGAUAAAAAACGCUUAAUGUUGUUGGAGAAAUUAAUCUAAAGUAUACACGAGGCGGCUGAGUUUCUGCUCCGGCCCCAUUAAAGCUCAUUCAGAUGCUUGUCCAUGGACGCUGCCAAGACUUUGAGUUAUUAAUCAAGCAAUUAUCCUUGAACUUUGCUUCAAGGAAGGAAGUACCUUAAACAGGGUGGCCAGACGUGCUUCUCACUGCACAUAAAAAAAGAGCUCGAGUUGAUUUUAUGUUGCAUACUUUCAGUAUUUUCUUCCUGCUGAGAGGAUACUUCAUGUUGAACUCCUUCUGAAGGGUUAGUUUGUUGUUUUCCAUUUUUAUCUGAAGGAAGAGAAAUCUUUUUUGAUUGAAUGUGGAGUGUUUGAAAGCACCACAUUACGUAUUUAUGUAUCUUAUGAUUUUGUUGGCACAAAGGAGACGUAUUGUUGCAGUUCAAGCUGAGCGACGAUGGCGGGAGGAGAAAUUGAUGCACUUAUAUCAAGUGUUUCAAGUGAUUCUGACUUGCUUUUCAACAGCAGACUAGCUGCUUUCUUUACACCAAAGCCCAAGCUGUGAAAAAGCCCCAAUGUCCAUAUUCUGGACUGUAGAAAAAUGUAUAGAAACCAGGUUACUAAUUCAUCUGGUCCAGGUUUUAUUAUUGAGGGUAAAUUCCUUAAAGAAAUUCUGCUCAGUGUGGUGAUUAUUUAUUUUAUCGCCUCCCUGAAAUCAGAAUGAAUAUUUUAUUCAAGUGAAAUAAUUGUCUCUUACUUAUUGGUUCACUGGGAAAUUUAAAUCCACUGUAUAUCAAUUCAAGAUUUGUAUAUUCAGAAAGGAAUCUGCACCUUUAUGUUACAUUAAUUUGCUUAUUUCCCCUCUAAAACUGUUAUUUUCUUCACUUUAUUUAACUUUUCAGCUGCAAUUUUAUUGUGAGCUUUUACUGCACCAGAAAUCUCCUCGUUCAGACUCCAGCUUCUCUCGUUUAGGAACUUUUUACAGUUUUCCUCUGGAAAUUGAAGCAGACGCGGUGUGGUCGAGGCCUGCGACGCUUCCACACAGCGCUUGCCUGCUCCAACUUUCAGCAAAACACACUGUUCUCUCUCCUCUUACAUCUGUGAAGCAAAGUAAGAAACCACUCAGUCCUGCCCUCACCGUGUGCCAAUAUUUGAAGGACGGAGGAAAACCGUUAAAUCUCAGUGUUACUGUUACAUGAUAGUGUGCAUAAACACGAGCCGUGCCAGGUUGUACCCGCUGGGUCUGCGUUUGAACGCCACCCAACUGCAGCGUGGUCAGAGCGAGAGGUCUACUGUGGCGGACAGAAAAUGGCUUCUGUUUUUUUACGGUUGCAGCCCAAAGCACCGUAGCGCCAUCUACUGCUGCGGUGGUCAAAUGUAGCUUGUUGGGUUGAUAUUUUUCAGGUGCAGAUAGUGUGAAUGCUGCAGCAGGCAGAGCUCCAGGGCUCAGGACUCUCCAGCCGGCUGCUGAUGGACAAACGCUGGCUGCUGCUCAGAACAAGCCUGAACAAACCUCCGUACCACACCGCCACCCCGUGACCCCGUCUCCCCCCUCUGUCUCCCCCUCCCCCCUCCCCUCCCACUACCACUCUGGCUGUGGGCUGGUACAGGCAGGGGACCCCCACGUGCUCCCCGACCCUCUAAAGCCCACAUUGUAGACCAGUGCCGGUUCAGACCACUGUGACUGAUGUGGGAGAUCCUGUAUUUCUGUAUAAAUGUAUAUUGACUGUAACCCUGUGAAUGAUGUAACAAUUUCAUUAUUUGUAAUAUUGUCAUUGGUUUAUUUUCUAAAAAUGGAAAGCCCAACUUGACUCUCCUGAAUAAAAAAUAAGAUCUGUUAUAAAACAGUGA